AUGAGUGAGAUGAAUAUCCUUAACGUGUUGAAAGAGUCUGGAACUUCGAGGGUCAUCAGAAGUUUGACUCCAGAUGCGACCAUUCCAACGAUCAGCAGAGCUCUGGAGGUCGCUGAGGAGCCUGAGAAUGAGGAAGAGAGGACAAAGCUACGGGAGAAAGUGUUUCAUACUCCGAGAAUUGUGUCAAAUGGUAGUCAUUUUGCAUUCACGCUGCCUGAAAAGAGACCUCACUACAGGACAUUAGUGCAAUCGCAAUUGGGACUAGAAGAGCUUGGGCUGCAGGCUGAUGCAAAACUAGAAAGACUUUUGAGCGGACAAGAUGUAUACUACGACGGGAAUAAGGGUAUAUUCCCAUAUAGCAUGGCGUAUGCCGGCUUCCAGUUCGGUCAGUUUGCAGGUCAGCUCGGCGACGGAAGAGUUGUGAAUCUGUUCGACUUAAAGGACAAGAAGGGCAAGUACCAGACAUUGCAGCUUAAAGGGAGUGGUCUCACUCCUUUUUCCAGAUUCGCUGAUGGAAAAGCUGUUCUGAGAUCUUCCAUACGGGAGUUCAUUAUAUCUGAGGCAUUGCACCAGAUCGGUAUACCGUCCUCGCGAGCCCUGCAGUUGACCUCUUUGCCGAAAACCAGAGCGAGCAGAGGCAUGUCAUUUGAGCCAACCGCGGUCGUUUGCCGAGUAGCACCCUCAUGGAUCAGACUGGGAAAUUUCGAUCUGCUUAGAUGGAAACCCAACUUAACAGCUUUGAUCAAGUUAUCUGACUUUGUUAUUGACGACGUAUUUGAAAAGGGCAACGAGUUCCCCAAGGAGAUCGAUGUGAACAUCUUCAAGGAGGAUCCUUUUGCAGACGCCGACGCGGAACGAAGGAAUAUUGGUAAAGUGACAGAGGUCACCAAGUAUGACUUGCUAUUCAGGCAUGUCGUAAGGAAGAAUGCAGAGUGUGUGGCCUACUGGCAGACUUACGGAUUCAUGAACGGGGUACUCAACACAGACAAUACAUCCAUCAUGGGACUGUCCAUUGAUUACGGCCCGUUUAACUUUCUAGACAGAUUCGAGCCCAGUUUCACACCGAACCAUGAUGACGUGGAGGGCAGAUACGCAUUCCACAAUCAGCCCAGUGUCAUCUGGUGGAACCUCGUGCAAUUCGCUCAAUCGCUUUCGAUAUUGAUAGGCGCUGGUGGGAAGCACAUGAACCGGGUACUAGCACUGCAGGAGAAGAUGCAGCCACUACCUAAUGAUGUGGAGGAAGAGAUUGUCGAGCGCGCCAACGAUCUAAUAGGUCUCGUUGCGCAUGAAUAUAAGUUUGUGUUUACGACAAAGUACGCCGAAUUGAUGAGCCGAAGGUUAGGUAUCGACCUCGAUCUAAGCACCUCUGCUAGCGAUGUCGCGAAAACGAGCACUCUCGUAAAGGAUUUUUGCUCAACCAUCCUGGAACCGCUGCUCGCAAUAUUGAAAACGACCCGAAUCGAUUAUAACAAUUUCUUCGUCAACUUACAGAAUUACAAAGGUCCCAUCCUGACGGAUACCGAUUCCUUAAAGGGUCUGAGCAGACCGUUUAUUGCCAUUUUCUUCAAUAUUGAACAGCAGGCGAAGCUCGAAGCCUACUACGAAAAUGAGGCUGAUUUUGCGCACUCCGACUCUGGCGAAACCCGCUUGCUUGUCGAAGCGCUAGAACAGCUAGUCAAAUGGUCCAAAUUAUACGUAGAUCUGGCACCUGAUCCCCAAGAAAGGUAUGUCCUUUCCAAGAAAGUGAACCCCUUAUUCGUACCAAGAUCAUGGAUCUUCGACCAAGUGAUUGCCCACUUCGUUGACGAGCAGCGCACUGAAUUGAAUGACCCAGCUGCCAAGUUGGACACAUCUAUCUUACAAAAGCUUUUACUGAUGAGCAGUCAUCCGUACGACCCAGACAAAUGGGACGCAUCGCUAAGACCUGAUUUACAAAAGAUGUGGUCCGAUCUGUCACACCCAGAAACACUCGACCAUUAUUUGAAGCAAGCGAGCUGCUCUAGCUAG